CCCUCUCGGAUGGUUGGGUGCCCGUGGAGCCCAGGCUGCAGAAUGGCUGCCGCCCGCCCUGCUGAAGAGGCUGAGGAUGGAAUCCAAAAGGAGGAGAAAGAGGAGGAGGCGGCAGCCGCGGGGUCGUGCAUGGGAGAGGAGGUUCUGAGGAAGACCCCGGAGGAGGGCAGGCUGGACUUCCACCCGCUGCUCAGCAGGUGGGCUCUGUGGUUCUUCAAGAACGACCGCAGCCGAGCCUGGCAGAACAACCUGCAUCGGGUCACCAAGUUCAACACCGUGGAGGACUUCUGGGCGAUAUAUAAUAAUAUCCAGCUGGCCAGUAAGCUCUCUUCCGGUUGUGACUACGCCCUGUUCAAGGAUGGCAUUAAGCCCAUGUGGGAAGACAGCAGGAAUAAGCGGGGUGGCCGCUGGCUGGUCAGCCUCACCAGGCAGCAGCGUCACCCUGAGCUGGACCACCUGUGGCUGGAGACACUGCUGUGUCUCAUUGGGGAGAGCUUUGGGGAGCACAGCCGGGAAGUGUGUGGGGCCGUCAUCAACAUCCGCGCCAAGGGGGACAAGAUUGCUGUGUGGACACGGGAGGCAGAGAACCAGGAGGGCGUGCUGCACAUUGGGCGUGUCUACAAAGAGCGCCUGGGCCUCUCCACAAAGACCAUCAUUGGGUACCAGGCCCAUGCAGACACAGCCACCAAGAGCAACUCCUUAGCCAAGAACAAAUUUGUGGUGUGAGAGGACCCUGAGCCUCCCAUUGCUGUGUGUAUUUAUUUCUCAAGAGGGCUGGGCUGGGCUGAGGGCAGAUGCCAUGUUUCUCCCCUAUCCUGGGGCUCAGGCCUCGGGGUGAGUAGCCAACUUGAGGGCCCAGGGCAGUGGAAAGGUGGAGAAAACCCUGGGCUUUUUAUCCCUGGGGGGCUGGGUUGGGUAGUGUGGUGAGGUGAGUCAUUGGUAGAGGAGGUGGGACGGCAAGCAGGAAGAGAACAGGAGAGAAUCCUAGGAUUCAGGACUAACUCCAUGCCCCCCACCUUGGGGAAAGAAGUUAGGU